AGGGGGAGCCAGAGAACAAGAGUUUGAGAACGUGUUGCCCCAGCCCUGUCCCGGAAGAAAGACUUUUUCUUUUGAAGUCCCCACUUUUCGUGCUAUCACAUACUGUAAUUUAUAGUUCCCUACUUUCUCUUUCUUGGUGUCUUUGAUUGCGAAGAUCAAAAAUGUAUGGAUACAUUGAGUUUCGUGGUGUGAAGUUUCUUUCGAAACUAGAUCUAGAUAUUACAGCUUGCAUAAAAUUGGCAAGGAACAUGUUGAUACAACUAGCUAUACAAUUACGAAAUUUGCAUUCCCUUUCCCCCAACCGCCUUCUACGACCGCCUUCUGCGAGUUCUAGAAAAUGCGACAGCGAGGAAUACCCACGGAUUCGUUAGGUGUUGGAAUUUUGCCGAGUCUGCCGCGAAGUACUUAUACAUAGAUACUUUUGAUUGUUUGUUGAUGCUUGACACUAGUAGGAGGUUUGUAAUAACGGUCGCUUCGAUCAAGCAUCGAAACCCUUCGAAAGAAUGUGGCGCGUUUCCCCUUUGCGUCGCGCAUUGGGCUCCACCGCUUCUAUCAAGAGAUUGGAGCACUUUGCUAAACUCGAAGCAGCGGACGUGGACUACCUAAAGGGUGUAACCAACGUCGUCACCGCGCCAGACGAUCUAGAGUUAUGUUUUUGGUUAGUUUUCUGUAGAUGUUGUAGGUGUAGCUAGUUCAUCUUCAUGUCUGGUUCUCAACAGAUGUGCAUCUUCGUCUCGCAGUAGCGCUAGGGCACCACGGUACUUCUUCAAUUUCCUUAGUAAUAGAGUAAUUUUCUCGAUAAAAAGUCACUUAUAUUAAAGUCGAAAACUACAACUCACGGCCGAGAUGUUCUUGAAGAGACCAAAGUCAACUCAAGCACACUCUAAUAAGGCGCUUCAACACGGAUUGGCUAAAGCUGACGAAAGGAAGGAGCGCCCUGGCCGUGCGACCUGAAACAACAGCGGAAGUGUCGAAGGUGCUCAGAUACUGCAAUUAGGGUUUAGGGUUUCGUAUGGAAGGAACUUCCUUUCAUAAGUAUAUGAUACUUCCUUACCUUUCGAAACUUCAACAAGUCUCGAAAGUGCUUGUUCGUGCUUUCCUCUACUUAUUUCUCAGCAGAAUUCGUUCAUACUACUGACCGGAAGCUUGCAGUGUGUCCGCAGGGUGGCAACACUGGACUUGUUGGGGGUGCCACGCCAGUCUUCGAUGAGGUCAUUCUCAGUCUUGAGCGGAUGAACAAGAUUUAAGGGUCGUAGGUUAAUAAAGGUGCUUUUAUGGCCAGAAACUGGAUAAAGCUGAGGCCGCUCUUUCAGUAGCCCCAGGAUACAAAAAAAAAACUGUUUCUGAAAUCUCCAAAUCCAAAUCCAAAUGUUGCCGUUUGUUAUGGCUUUCCUUCUCCUAAGGGGGACGGCCAUGACAAACGGAAUAAACGAUUCUCAACUACCUUUAUAAAAAAAAACCUCUAAAAGAUCAUCAACAUUGACGAGAAGUCGGGGGUAGGUAUAUUCGAAGCGGGCUGCGUCCUCGAGACCGCGAACGCAGCACUAGAGGACAGGAGCCUCCUUUUCCCGCUAGACUUGGGUGCGAAGGGUAGCUGCCACGUUGGCGGAAAUAUCGCGACGAACGCUGGCGGGUACAAGAUGAGCUCAGUCUUGUUAAGGCUUGUAGUUGGUCGUCAAAUUCAUGCUUUUCAGCUGUACAUGUUGAUGCAUUUUACUUCAACUUGAUGUCUACUUCGAGCAACACCAGGUUGAUGCUAGAGUAGAACUUUUCAUCGACUUUGUUCUUCACAGCAGACCCUUACAACUGAUCCUGUAGAACAGUCUGCAGAACUGUUACCUUACGUUCACGCAUCACGAGCCCACAAUAUUUUUCUCACCGACCAGAUUACGCGUCCUGCGGUACGGAAAUCUUCAUGGCUCCGUUUUGGGACUAGAGUUCGUAAAAGCAGAUGGCAAGGUCGUGGAUGUGCUUUCGCGGAAUAAGAAAGACAACACGGGCAUUGACCUGAAGCAGCUAUUGAUUGGGAGCGAAGGCAUCUUAGGCGUGAUAACCAAAGCUGCUGUGCAAUGGUACUAAUAGAUACUUCUGUUGUCUAAUUAUUUUACUAUUUUCCGUGCACGUGCUAUGGUUUUUUCUACUUAGGUCUACUGUGUGUUGCAUGGGUACUAGGGGACACACGGAUAUCCACACAUGAUCCACACAUCCACACAUCCACACACAACACACAGCCCUCCCCUCUCCCGCGCCAAGCAUGUUCUGCUUUUAUCUGUGGACAGUUACGCGGAAGUCGUAUCGUUAUUCCAGAACGCGCGCUCAGAACUUGGAGAAAUUUUGUCCGCUUACGAGUUCUGGGACUCGGAAGCGACGGGAUGUAUUUCUAGCAGUCUCAAGCUUCCGAUACCAGACUUCAUGUCUGGGCAUCUAGAGCAAGGUGCGGGAAAAUUUGCAGUUCUAGUAGAGACAAGCGGCAGCAACGCCGAUCACGAUUCCGAAAAGCUUUUUACUUUUCUUUAUGAGAGGCUUUUGCUGCUAGAGAUACUGGUGGCAGCGUGAAUGAAUGAAUGAAUGAAUGAAUGAAUGGGUGCUGAGAGAAGGUCAGGCUAGAGUAGAAUUUGAUGAAUCUUCCCUUAGUGCUAGGACAUGUUGAUUGUUGAAAGAGUGGCGUUACUAAGUACUCAAUACAGAGGUAGAAGAUCGUGAGACAUGCUGUAAUCUUCAGAGUGACACAUCCUACUUCAAAUUCAAAAUCCACUAGCAUGAUUUUUACGCUUACGCACUCCAUCCAACCCUGCUCAAAUUCAAAAUCGACUAGAAUGAUUACGCACUCCAAAUCCAAAUCCAAGUCCAACCCUCUUUAGCCUCAUCUAUGUCAGCCCUUCAUAUCCCCGAGUCCGCAGUGAGUUCGGAGAAUGGUAGCAUUGCCGCAGGAGGGCAGCAGUAUCAGGACUUUUGGCGACUACGAGAAGACAUUCCCGAAGCAAUGAUAAAAGACGCUACUACCAUGUUUAAGGCUCAGCUUUCAGUGGUCACCAUUUAGAUUGGAGUCACUGAGAUCGAAGAGGGGGCCUCUUUAGAGAACAGGGAAAAACGAAGGGAAAAGGGGAGAGUUGUGAAGGUGGCCUCUUCCGUUCAGCAUCAGUGGCCACUGACUGCUGACCUUUAACAUGUACGCCUACGACGUGACGUUACCGGACAUUACACAUCUCUACGACCUCGUCACGAAAAGCAGGGAGUUUUUCAAGUACUGUACUAGUUACUUUGCUACAACGGUUACAUGAUUUUACUAGACUUUUACUUUGUUGCGGGUACCACGUUCUACUUUGUUGACGAAUGAUUGUUAUUGCUGCAUUUCUUCUAGCACAGAAUUAUCGGGUGGUACAGGAUCAUCGUCUAUCAGAUCGACGAGUCUUCUAUUGUGAUGUUGAUUGAACCACCUAAGUACCUCAAGAACAUUAUAGGGCUUUUCUCUAUGCAACCCGACUAGUACCUGGAUUUUUUUGUUGUGAUUUGUUACUUACCUCGCUCUACCUCUCGGAUUGCCCACUGAUUUAUCAUAUCUAGGUCACAGACCAGUAGCGGCAGUAUUCCGGAAGGCCUGGUGAAGUCGUGUGUGGGCUACGGCCACGUUGGAGACGGGAAUUUGCACAUAAACGUCAGCGUCAAGGACGUUGAUUCAGAAGGAAAACUUAUGAUCAAUGUCGACGUUCCUUGUCUGUCGUAUGGACGAAUCUAGAGCAGCACGUGGAAAUCGAAUUUGUUUCUACAUACUGAGGGAAAAGUUUCUCGUGUCUGAAAGAGCGACGUAAGCACGUGUCUCUUAAACAACUGGGUAUUGGGGUCUCCCACUUCUUAAUAUGCAUCUACAUACUGAUACUAAUACUAUCUAUUGAGUUGUAGCUUCAUUCUAACUUUCCUUAUCCGCAAAUAGGUUUAGGGUAGCGUGAGCAACGAAGCUAGGAGUAGAAAAAGUUUUUUCUUAGACUACUGGUUCAUCUGGUUCUACUACCUCUUCCUCUAAUUCCACUCCUGGCGAGGCUCUUCCAGGCUCUGGCUUUAUGAUUGGAGAAUACGAGCCCUUUCUUUGGAAGCUGGUGCAGGAUUUUGGUGGCAGCAUCAGUGCCGAGCAUGGCAUUGGGAGUGCGAAGACAGACGCCAUCCACUACUCUAAAUCGCCUGAGGCCUUACAGCUGAUGCGCGACCUCAAAAGAGCCAUGGACCCUAAUCAAAUUCUUAACCCCUACAAAGUAUUGCCACUGGAAUGAGUGGUGUACUACUGGGGUAGAACAGGAGGGGGACUUUUGCAGGGGGUACUGCCUGUGGAGGGAGAGGUGAAGUAAAAGUUUUGUACAUAAAUUCCUCCAUGGAGGUCCAACAUCAUAACGAAUAAUUUUGUUCGUGCAGUCACUGUCAGUGUUUGUCGAAACGGACAUGCUUUGGCACCCCUCAUCCUAGCAGCGCUAGACCAAUCACACCCCAGAAGCUACAUUCGAUCCCCCAGAUUUCCAGCAGCUCUGGUAUUGAUGGUCGCCACUUACACGCUUCAUGCAGUACAGGGAAG